GAGAACAGGCUGCUGGAGGUUUGACUCCUCAGAGGUCGGGGGCCUGUCGGGUUUUCACCAGGGUUUCACCGUGGGGACCUGAGCAUCAUGAGCGCAGGAGAUUGACAGGAAGUCGCCGCUUAUCUGGCCAAUCACACCUCGAGAAGUCCGGCAGAAUGGAGUCCCUAGAGAGGAGCACAAGAUGACUCUUCCUUCUGGCACCCGCUGUGUUUGUAGCCACGUUAGCUCCAUCAUUAAGUUAGCCGAGCAGGGGGCAUAAAGGCAGCGGAGCUCUGUCACUGUAACUGUGACUAACGAGUGGAGCAGGCGGUGAACUAAGAAGCUUUUCAGGCGGAUGUUAGACGGUGGAGAUGUGUAAUAAGCUGCACUGGACACCGAGGACCUCCCUGACUGCCACCCCAUCGACUGACAGCUGUCACCGCAUCUAGCUGCCCGGCUAGCUGGCUCAGUGAGCUAACAGCUUACAAGUGGGGGGGGGUUUCUUGCUCAUUCUGGCUAAUUUAGCCGGCCAGCUCUGAGCUCGCGUUCACAGUGGAAAGGAAUUGACUUCCGCAUAAACGUAAACUGUAUUUUAACAUUUCCUCAGUUACACCUGACUCUGCUGCUCACAACAUGAGUUAGGCGCCGAGCGUCGGACCGCAGUGUUUGGGGUAUUUUGAGAUCCAGCUAGUUAGCUUGAGUUUAGCUUGAAGCUAGCUAGCGGCGUUCAUUCAAUCAUUGAGAAACUGCUAACGCGUUAACGCCAGCACCGUGGCUAGCAGGCACCCGGCACAUCCACGCCGAGGCUUUGUUGGGAGGACACUGAUCUACUUUUGGACUGAUCGAGCUGAGGAUAAUAUCUUGGAGACAUGAAGAAAUUUUUUGACUCUCGUCGGGAGUUGGUGAGCACCGGGCCUGGUUCCGGAGCCGGCGGAGGAGGCGCUGGUUCCGGCGGCGGUGGCAGCUUCAUCGGACGCGUCUUCACCAUCGGACGGUAUCAAGUGACCGUGGAGGAGAUUGUCGCAGAAGGAGGUUUUGCUAUAGUCUUUUUGGUGCGGACUCAUCAAGGCAUACGAUGUGCGCUAAAAAGGAUGUACGUCAACGAUGAAGAUGAUCUGCAGGUCUGCAAGCUUGAGAUACAGAUUAUGAAGGACCUUGUGGGCAACAAAAACAUCGUUGGUUUCCUGGACUCCAGCAUAACGGCAGUUGGAGCUGGCGAUGUGUGGGAAGUCCUAAUCUUAAUGGACUUCUGUCGAGGUGGGCAGGUGGUCAACCUAAUGAAUCAGCGUUUACAGACAGGCUUCACUGAACCUGAGGUGUUACAGAUCUUUUGUGACACAUGUGAGGCAGUCACUCGUCUCCACCAGUGCAAAAGUCCCAUCAUCCAUCGAGAUCUCAAGGUGGAAAAUAUUCUUCUGCACGACCGGGGACAUUAUGUGCUCUGUGACUUUGGAAGCGCCACCAACCGCUUCCAAAAUCCUCAGACGGAGGGAGUGCCAGUCGUGGACGAGGAAAUCAAAAAGUACACCACCCUGUCGUACCGCGCUCCAGAGAUGGUCAACCUCUACGGUGGAAAAGUCAUCACAACAAAGGCCGACAUUUGGGCCAUGGGUUGUCUACUCUAUAAACUGUGCUACUUCACACUUCCUUUUGGGGAGAGUCAAGUAGCUAUCUGUGAUGGCAGCUUCACAAUUCCAGACAUCUCCCGCUACUCCCAGGACAUGCAUUGUCUCAUUCGAUACAUGCUGGAACCUGACCCAGAUAAGAGACCAGACAUCUACCAAGUUUCCUACUUUGCCUUUAAACUGGCUAGACGCGAGUGUCCAGUCCCAAAUGUGCAUAAUUUGCCCAUUCCUGCAAAACUUCCUGAGCCAAUCAGAGCCAGUGAAGCAGUGGCCAAAAAGAGUCAAACCAAAGCCAGGCUUUCGGAUCCCAUUCCAACCACAGAAACCUCAAUUGCACCUCGACAAAGGCCCAAGGCUGGUCAGGCUCAGCCCCAGCCUAUAGGCAUUCUUCCCAUCCAGCCUGCUCUCACCCCACGCAAGAGGCCCAACGUGGCUGCUGGAGGGCCCCAGGCCAUAGGUGUUGGUAUCAGUGUCCCAUCUCCAGUUGCAGCAGCUCUACAACUUGCUCCACAGUCCACUGCCCCACAGGCUUCACCACUGACGGCUCAGACCACCAACAUGCAGCCACAGGUUACACCACAGCAUCACCAGCUCCUUGCGAAGCAGCAGCAAGCCUUCUUAAGUCUACAGAGUAACCAACAGCAUCAACUGGUUCCGAGCCUCCAUCACCAACAGCAGAAACAACAACCACAAAUAGCGUCUCAGGCAUCUACCCUGCUGCAGUCCAAAGCUAAACCUGUUCAUCCAGUUCUUACUCUGCAACUGCCAUACCAGCAGCAGCUGCAGCAUGUAGUCCAUGAAACAGCCGCUCCACAUCUCACACCCAUCCCUGAGUCUGCAGUGACUGGUCCUCCAACUGACCAAGAGAUGGCUGGCAGAGGGAACAUCAGAGUUGGCUCUUUGACGCCCCCGUCGUCGCCAAAGAUGGCCCCCAAGAGUGGCCACAGACGCAUCCUGAGUGAUGUCACCCACAGUGCCGUGUUUGGGGUUCCAGUUAGCAAGUCCACUCAGCUACUUCAGGCGGCCGCAGCUGAGGCCAGCCUCAACAAGUCCAAAUCAGCCAGCACUACUCCUUCUGGCUCCCCCUGCUCGUCCCAGCAGAGUGUGUAUCAUCCAGGUGAAGGUGACGUCCCAUCGGCCCUCGCUGCACCCAGCGCUCUGCCCAGCUGGAACCCCUUUGGGGAUGAUAACUUCUCGAAGCUAACGGCAGAGGAGCUGCUCAACAAAGACUUUGCAAAGCCAGCUGAGACGGCUGCACUGGGGGAGAAGAUUACAGCCUCCAGUGAAAAUCAUAUUCCAGAGCUCACUGCUUUUCCAGAGAAGCUGAUUGAGGGACUCAAGUCCCCUGAAACGCUGCUGCUCCCUGACCUGUUCACCCCAGCUGACCCAUUCAAUAGCACUGCAGAGAGCUCCACCAAUGCAAUGGCAGAGGUGUGUGUGGAUUCACUGAUUCCUGGUUUGGAAGCCCCCCAGGUUCAACACCAUUCAAUCCAACCAGAGCUCAUCACUGCCACGGUUCCAGACUCUCUCACUGGGGAGGAAUCUCUGCUGGGUUGUGAUCUGUUAUCUCACUCUCCUCCUCACGGACACCAGUCUGUUUCUGCUCUCACCACCUCCUGCUCCUCUGCUCCUUCUGGCUCCAGCUCUGGAUCUUGUCUGGAGGAGCGGCCACCUGCUCAUUCAGCUCCUGACUCUGCUUUCCUCAUGUCGUGUGGGGAGAAGGGCAAUGACGACGAGUUUGACCCUAUUCCCGUGCUCAUCUCCAAAAACUCAAAUCAAGAUCCGCAAGAAGAGGGCAACGACUAUACCGUGCUUGAGGAAGGACAAGAGACUGAAGCUCCAGAAGGAGAUACUCAAACAAACGAGGACUGUGUGCACUCCAGUGAGGAAGACGAGGAGAAAGAAGUCCAAUCAGAAGAUCAGCAGGAUGGAGGAGCUGAUGAGAGUCAUUUAGCUGCUCAUGACCUCAGCGGCUCCAGACCUCUGCUGCUUGACUCUGAGGAUGAGGACGAGCAGGGGCCUCAGUUAGAACUCCACUCAUCAGCACACUCCAACAUAGACCCAACACAACAACCAUCCGCUACCUUCGAUGAACCUACUCCGAGCACCUUUGCUGAGAAUCAUUCCCAGCACGUAGCCGAGCCAUCACAGGCGACAGGUGUUCCUGCAGAUGUCUUCUCUAAAGCCCCCUUUCGGAUUGCGCAAGACGACUUGGCCGAUGUGUUCGCCAAUGCUCCGUUCUCACGCGGCCCCAUGGACGCUCAGCAGCAGCUCGACGUGUUCUCUCAGGCUCCCUUCGGAAAAAGAAAGGAGGCUGCAGGAGCUCAACCCAAGGCGUCGCACCCUCACGUUGCUGGAGUUCACGCUGUAACCCCUGAUCAAGACGCGUUGGGACAAGUCGCUCCUCAACCAUUCCGCCCUCAAGCUCUGGCCAAAUACUCCCGACACUUUGAGGGACCCGUGCCCCAGCAGCUGGUAGCGGCUCACAGAGUAGUGUCCAACGUGAACAGGCAGGCAGCUGUGGCAUCAGUCCCCGUUGGACCACUUCACUCAUGGACAUCAGAAGUGAGUGCUGUAGACCCCUUCGUCUCUGCACCCUUUCACCUCAAAGCCCCCCAGGAAAAGCCCUGAACACACUCUGAGGUCAGGGCAGUGGGUAUCAGCACUUAUGCAAACUGUACCAGGCGUUAUGCAUGCUGCUGCCAGCACUGCAGCUGGACUGCGGGCCUGCAUGGAUGUCACUCUCAUCUGGCUCUUACCUGGUGCAAAGGUCAUCACGAAUACUGCGUCAAAUAAGAAGACUGACAUCCUUAACAGACUCCUUGUCACUUUUGAUUUAUUUUUUCCUAUCACAUCCUUUUCCUUUUUGAUUUGCUCUUAAUCUUUUUGGUACGUAUAUUGAUAAAAAAGAUAAUAUGGUGGUCAAGCAUCUGAUUGUUUUCUUGCCUACCUCAUUUACUUUAUGUGUCGGCACUUAAAACACAACAGUAGUGAGGGAGCUUGUCCUCGAUUGUAUUUGAGCUUUGCUGUGAAGCGAUGACGUGAUAACGCCUCAUUCCUCUGUCGCAGCUGUUUCUCAGAAAGGAAAAGAUUUGGCUUGAAUUACAGGGUCAUACCUUCACAGAAGCCUGAGCGAUAAAGACAAAGCCGAGCGACUAUUUCUCUGAACACUACUAUGAGAAAUGUAUCUACAUUCAUAUCAAGCAUGACAUUUGUAAAUGGUCGUACAACCGCGGCCUCACAGUCGAUAGUGUUCGAAACUAUGAUUUUAUGCUUGAGAGAUUGAUAAUGAUACAUUUUUCCCUCAAUCAAAAUUGUUUGUGUGUUUUGUUGCAUAUUAUGUUUGUGGUCACUGUCCUGUCCCAUCUAAUGGAACUGAAAUAUCAGCGUUAGCUCCAUGUAAUGUACAAACUUUAUAUAAAUGUUAGAUCAUUCACUCUCAUAGUUUUAUGUUACCUAAAUGUAGAAGAUUCACUUAUCUCUAUUUCUCCGAGGUGUUACACUCGCACAGAACGUCCCUCCACGUCAAACAUCAUGAUUCACAUUUUGCCUUCUCUGCCCUCCUGAAAAAUGGCUGCAUUCACCUCAUUUUAAUUGCACUUGCAUUCAGCUCCAAUGCAGGAGGUUGUACAGUUGUGUACAAUAGUGUACAACCUCCUUUCGCCGUCUGCAGUAUUUAUAUGCACCAAGGUUUAAAGUCAACUCUGAAAGGCUUCUCUACCAUAGACAUCACUGUUUAAAAACAUACAAAUAACUGAAGAGAAAACAAUGCUUUCCCGCAGUCUCACAAAUAUCUACAGCCCUUAAUGCUUUGCAGUUCCAGUCAGGGUUCGUAACAGUUGUGUCUUAUACGUGAAUUCAUGAAUGGUGACCAAUGACAUUCCUUUUGAAUUCGUUUCAUCGCCAUUUAAAAAAUAUUUUUUACUGUCUUGUAAAAUCAUGGAACUCUUUUUGUUUCCCACCAAGGCACUUUUUAGAAAGGGGGUCAGUCCUGUCUCAACCCAAAGUUGAAUUACUUGUGUUCUCCUGUUGGAAUGUAAAAUCAUGUUUUCUUUCCUUUUGAAGUGUACAAUCUUCUUCUUUUUUUUUAAUGUUCACUUGUCUCACCCAUCUCAUAUACAUGAAGGUUGCACAUGGUAACUGACACAGGGUCAGUGUUCGCUAAGAAUGAUUUUUGACUGUAACACUGCUGUAAAGUGUAUUUUGACCUGUGUUGCAAAUCUUUGGAGGAUUCAAAUGCUGAUGACACUGUUGGACAAAAUGAAAAGCACUCAAAACACUUGUUCAUGCUGCACAGCCUGCCUUUGAAAAUCAUGUAAACAAAAUAUUAAAUGAAUGUAAAUCGAAAA